GGGGAAUUGUUAAGUUCAGUCAGUGUAACAACUAAGAAAUCGAAUCCAAUAAAUACAUGUCAUGAUUUCGUAUAUUUGUAACAUUUUUUAAACAUAUUCUGUUUUAUUUGAUAAAAUUACAAACAUAUUAGAUCUGUACUAGCUGAAGCAAACAUUUCAAUAUUAAUAUGAUCUUUCGUUUUAAACCUUCAACACGGCUAUUUACAUCAACAUGGUUUACAAAAUACACCCUCAAAUCAGCUGGAAUUAGUAAAAUUCAAAUUAACCAAAAUAUUCAGAAAUAUCGUUUGGUUAUACAGCGGACUAAGCAAGGUCAUUCCUUGGAGUUAUCGAUGUCCAUUUGCACCGCACGCAUACCAAGCACACAGUUAUGGCCGCAGCUUCCAAGAGCAAUAAUUGGAUUUUUAUUUUGGUUCUUUUAUUGAGUCUGGUAUACGCAUCUGAGAGUUUUGUUGAAAAACUGAGGCAUUCAAAGAAACGCAUAAUCCAAGAAUCGGCUAAAAUUAAACAAAAAGAAGGGAGCCAAAAAGUGCAAAAUGAGCGCGAUUACUGUGAUGGAUUUCUCUGUGAGAAUAACUUGUGCCUACCAGAACAUUACGUCUGUGACGGAACACCAGAUUGCAUCGGUGGAGGGGGUGGCGCAUGCCUCGAAGGGAAAUGGAGGUGUGAUGGCAGCUUUGACUGUUACCACUCUGACGAUGAGGUCGGCUGUAAUACCUGUACCACUGAGCAGUUCAAAUGCAGUGAUAAUGUGUGUAUUCCCGAGCACGCGGUGUGCGAUGGUUACGCAGACUGUUAUGAUGGGGAGGACGAACAUCAGUGGUGCGCGUGCGGUAAUGGCGAGUUUAAGUGCGAGAAUGGUCUUUGUAUUCCUCACGACAAGAUUUGCGACGGAAAGAAAGAUUGUGGGUAUGGUGGCGAAGACGAGGGCAACUGUGAGGCAUGCGACUCAAACGAAUACCGAUGUAAUGGAAACGGCAAAUGCAUUCCAAUCUCUUUUCUUUGCGAUGGACUUCUUAAGGACUGCCCUAAUGGUGACGACGAGGCUAACUGUGGAUGUACGAAGGAACAGUUCGAGUGUAGCGACGGUACCUGCAUCGCCCUGUCGCUCGUCUGCGACGGAACCACGCACUGCUCCGACGACGAAGCGUUCUGUGAAUGCGCGGAGUUGGAAUUCAAUUGUAAUGUACCGAAUCGUGUGUGCUUGCCUGUUAGUCAGGCUUGUGAUGGUAUUCCACAAUGUCCAAAUGGAGAUGAUGAAGAAGGCUGCCCUUUCACGUGUGGCCCUCCAGAAAAUUUCUUGUGUCCGGACGGUACGUGUCUGCCGUCGUUUGCCCAGUGUGAUGGCGUCAACGACUGUAUUAAUUCUGCCGACGAACGAGAUUGUGAAUGCAAGGAAGAUGAAUUCAAAUGUCUUUCUGGCGAUUGUAUAGCAAACCGGUAUCUGUGUAAUUCGUAUAGAGAUUGUCAAGAUGGUAGUGAUGAGUCUGCGGAGGUGUGUACUCCAGAACCAAUUGUUGGUGAAUGUCCGAACGUGCCUGCUGGGACCAUAGGACUUUGUAUCUAUGGAUGCGAUUCGGAUAACGACUGUCAACACAGCAAGAAGUGUUGCUUCAACGGAUGUGGCAAAGAAUGCGUUCAUCCUAUUUUCCCACCAAAACUUAUAAUUAAAGAAGGCGACUGUCCAGCAUUAAGCGCCCCCUACGGUGCACAUCAGUGUUCCGACUUGUGUCUAUCAGAUUCUGAUUGUCCACACCUGGAAAAAUGCUGUAGCAACACCUGCGGUAAAGUAUGCGCAGAGCCUGCUGUUAAAACUAAGGAGAUCGAAGAAAUCAACACAAAUGAAUUGGAAGAGGAUUUAGAGGAAGUUAAGAGGCAAUUUGCUUCAUUUGAAAGCCGUUUUGAUUGGUUGGAUAAGACAGUAUCUGACAUACUGGUUGGGCUUGGAAUUCUCCAAACAGAAAUAACGGACCUUAGAAACCAUGAGCACUAUUAUGAACCUGCACCUGUCCAUUACGUCCCGCCACCUACAACAAGGCCGCCACCACCACCACCACCAGAGAAUGCUGUGAAUGGUUACCCAAGCAAUGCUGGUUCACGGCCAAGUUAUGGACGCCCGUCGUAUGAACAAGAAACCGAGAAACCGGCUUCAAAUAACCACGUCAUUGCUGGACGACCUACAAAUGCACAUUCGUACAGACCGCACAAGAAGCAGUUAAACAAAGAUGGAAUUGGUGAAUUCAAAAGAAGGAUCAUACAUUGGGGAAAAUUAUUACGUUCCAAAGACCAUACAGAAUAAUGAAUAAACCAUAAUUAUUAAUUAAAAAAAGCUAACAUGAUCAUGUUUAAAAUCAAGUCAAUAUGACAUUUUGUGAACUGUGACACAUAAAUAAAUUUCACAUACAACUCCGUAA